CUAAAUAAAAGGUUAAGGAAGAAAGCCAUAGGCCUUAAUGGGCCGAAUUAGAUCAGCCCAUUAAAAGCUUUUCGGCCUAAAUAACGUGAAAGAGAAGCCAGAAGAGGAAAGGAAGUUUGGAGAGCCCAAUUACAGUGUCCAUGUCUUCAAUCAAUAUUGGGAUUAUGCAAUUCCAGCACCAAAUCACACUCCACUGCGAAUCCAAACAGCACCAAAUAUUCGCACGCCACUCUGCUACUGUACGCCCUAAGCGCACGAAUCGUGGUAGCUUCGGCGGAAGAAGGAAGCAAACAAUCAAGUCAAUGAGGGCCGUCGUUCAGCGUGUGGCCUCCGCCAGCGUUGAGGUGGAAGGCCGCACCGUAUCGGCGAUCGGACCCGGCCUGCUUGUGCUCGUUGGGCUUCAUGAGACUGAUGUUGAAGCUGAUGCUGAGUACAUAUGCCGCAAAGUGUUGAACAUGAGAUUGUUUCCCAAUGAAAAAACUGGGAAAACUUGGGACCAAAAUGUUAUGCAAAAAAGUUAUGAAGUUCUAUUAGUAAGUCAGUUUACAUUGUAUGGGGUAUUAAAAGGGAACAAGCCUGAUUUUCACGUGGCAAUGCCUCCCGAAGCAGCAAAACCAUUUUAUGCCUCCCUGGUUGAAAAAAUCCAGAAAGCUUACAGAGUGGAUGCAGUUAAAGACGGUGUCUUUGGAGCCAAGAUGAAAGUUAACUUGGUUAAUGAUGGUCCAGUGACAAUGCAGCUCGACUCUGCACAAACAUCCAAGUGAGCGGGAACCAGCCAUCAUGCAACGAAUGCAAAUGAUGUGGUAGAAGGAUCAUAACUAACUUCAUUGUCUUCAUUUGAGCAACCAUCACUAUUGGAGGUCUGCAGACUGAAACUCCUCUGUAGUUGAGGAAUUUUAGAUAUCACAUGUACUUAAAAGUCAAAGCCUAAUGAGUAGGCAUGAAAAUCCUUCGUAUCUCAUUUCAUUUUCCUGUAUGAUUAUUUCUCUUCAUAUUUGGUCUCUCUUGUUGUAAGGAGAGACACGCUAAUUAGUGGUAAGACUAAACAAAGAGAAUCAUUAAUGUUUUUACUGCGGCAGCUUUUACAGAUAA